AUGCCACCUGGGGCUCUAGCUGUAAACACAUCUCGCUUGAAGCAUGACACAAGGAACAAAAGCACCACUUCUAGCAUGCGUCAAAGAACACAAGCUCCUUCACCACCUCAUACCAGUGCAGCACCACCACCGCCUCAUACCACCGCAACACCACCACUGCCUCAUACAACCGCAACACCUUCAUCGCCUCUUAAAGCCCCAACACCUCCACGUCCAGUUUUCAACCAAACCGUGAUAGCAGGGGAGGAAGAGGAGAGGGACCAAACUGUUUCUGAUGAGGAAGAGGAGGCCACAGAACAAGCAUGUGCUUAUGGGAAAAGGCCUCUAAUUAGAAUUGUGGGAAAUAGGUUGACUCCAAGAAGUAUUGUUACUGGAGCUAUUAGAAAAGUUUUAAUAAAACUUUAUAAAGGAAAUUUCUUGCAGUAUAGUGAGCUUAAACCUGAGAAUAGAAGAGAAGAGAAACAUGCAUACUUUGAUUUGUUUAAAUAUUUUGUUCAAUGGGAGCCGUGCGCUGACGCCAAAAUACAAGAUUUGUUUCAUAAAGCUUGUGGUAAAAGAAUAUCUAAUAUAUUUGGUAAGAUUAGGAAAAAAGGGGAAAAACCGAAAUGGAUGGGUGAAAAGGUUUAUGCGUAUCUUCUUGAUGGGUGGAAAAUGGAUGAAUUCAAAGAGUCGGGUCAGGCGGGUACUUCCAUUGUUCCUUCUAGUGUCCAUCCUAGUUCUAGUGAUCAUCAUGAUGAUGACUCUAAUGGUCAGUCAUUGGAUCUAGAGGGAAUGAGUGAUGGAUGUUGA